UGUACUGCUAGGGGCAUUUUUUCUGCAGUUUGUUUUCUUGUGCAUGUGUCCAGAAACUAAUACCCUCUGACACUGAAAGAGGGUGGUCAUUUUUUGCCCCCGCGGUAGAGGACCAUGGUCUAGUCUCCUCUCUUCCUGUUUCCUUCUUGUUUACAGCUUUGCUGUGUCAGCCAGCAUGCUGACAGCUCUGCCAAGCGUGGGUUUGUCCUCUCUGCCCUCGGUGUGGAAACGACACUGUUGGACUGGCUUUGAUCAAUGUGGCCCAGCAGCAGCAGCAGCAGGGCCGGGUCAAUGCACAGCGAGAGAGUACCCACAUGGGUUCACCAGGUCAUCCAGCCCAUAGCAGCCGAACUGGAGCUUUUCAUGCCCCAGCCCUUCGCGGGAGAGAUUGCGGGGAUGUGCAAAGCACUGGGAAUCAAUCUCGGAGAUGGAAUCCUGCUGAACUUCGCCUACGAAUCCACUGCGUUCUGUACCAGCAUUGUGGCUCAGGACGACAAAGGCAACAUUUACCAUGGUCGGAACCUGGAUUAUGAUUUUGUUGAUAUAUUGAGCAAGAUCACACUGGAUGUGCAGUUUAUCAAGGGUGGGCAGGUUGCAUACCAAGGCACCACAUUUCUUGGUUACGUCGGCUUAUGGACUGGGCAGAGUCCACACAAGUUCACCAUCUCCGGAGAUGAACGAGAUGGUGGUAGAUGGUGGGAAAAUGCUAUAGCUGCUUUCCUCAAUAGGAAUUACCCGGUCAGCUGGCUUGUGAGAGAUACUCUGAGCGAAGCAGAGGACUUCCAGGCUGCUGUUCUCAGACUGGCUGACAUUCCCAUCAUUGCUGAGGUUUACUAUAUUGUGGGAGGUGUCUCACCCAAAGAAGGCAUGGUCAUAACAAGGAAUAGAAGAGGACCAGCAGAUCUCUGGCCUCUCGAUCCCUUAGGUGGAGCGUGGUUCCGUGUGGAGACAAACUACGAUCACUGGACUACCCCUCCUCCUUUUGAUGAUCGCAGAACUGCAGCCAUCAAAGCUCUCAAUGCUACUGGACAGCAGAACAUCAACUUUGAUACACUCUUUAAGGUGUUGUCAGUGAAGCCAGUCUUAAACAAUAACACAGUGUACACUACAGUCAUGAGUGCUGCGCUUCCAGAUCGGUACCAGACAUGGAUGAGAGCUGGGGAGUGAAGAGAUGGAAGUGGCAGAGGUUUCAACACACUGAGUGAGAAGCUGAAGCUGUGCAAGACUAACAUAUGCUUUUAAAAUCACUCCUGGGAGCAGUAUAGUGGCUUUGGUUCAUGAAUGAUGUGCACCAUUUAGGAAACAGUGAUUUGUUUACUCUUCCAAGUGUUGCAGGUGAUCCUGUUGAUGACCUGUAAUGGAAGUUUGAAAUUUCCUGUAAUUUAAUUGAUGCUCUAGUAGAUGUUGAUGGGUAAAAAUGGCUUGUACUAUUUUUGGUAUGAGUUGUGCAACUGCAAUGUACUUCUGUGCUGACUAAUAAAUACAUUUUGUAAAUUACACAGCCUGAAAGUCUGAAGUAAUUAAAUAAAAAUAUUCAGCUCAUACCUUGAUGUAUGAAGCCUUGUGGGAUUUUACUUCUAGGUCCUCAUCCUUUUCCCUCAUCUAUGAGUUGUUGAUCUGGGCCUAGCAGGGGCAGAUGCAGCAGUCAGCAGCAUGCACAGCUGUAGGCUACAGGUAUUUUUUUAAAAUCAGAAAUCAGGAGCUGUUUCAGGAACAGUGGUAAUGCACUUUUCUCCUUAGUAGAUGAGAGGAGGUUGUGUUGGGUAGUAGUGAGGUUAAAAACCAGUUACAUUUGUUUUUGUACAUUCAGAUCAAAUUACCUGCAGUAAAAGUUAACAUUUUGUUUUACAGUGCAGAGCAGUGGGGCUUUUGUCAGGUUGUGCUGACUGUAUAUUGAGUUUAGACACUUAAGUGUGCUCCAGAAAUACCGAGGGACUUGAAGAGUCAAGGUGAGUGGGUACCUUCAAGUAAAGCUGGCAAGCACCCUUCUUCACUGGAUAAAAUGUCACCUGUGUCAAGGUGACAGAGCACCACUUGCAGAUCCAUGCCAUGCUGGCUGUGGUGGGUGUGCACUGGUUAUGCAAACUGCUCUGAGAGCACCUUCUGGAGCUGAGGGCCCUUUAUCUCCUUGUGCUGAGUCUCAUAACCUACUUACCUGCAUCCUCUCCCCUUGCCUGGAUAAAAGUGCUGCAAGCUGUGCCUUGACCCAGUUUAGACAGAGAAGUACAGCAGCCAAUGAUAAAGCUGAAGAAGAGUUCCUGGAGCAAGAUUUUAAAAUGCUCACUGUCUUUGAGAUUCCAGAAAAUGCCAUUGUGUUAAUUCACAGAGUAGGCACUGAUUUGUGAUCCCACCAGGUUUUCUUUUAAAUAACAGCUGCCCACAGCUACAGGAUCCUUACAGGUGUGGCUUUGUGUAGUCAUUCUGACCUCCGCAGCAUUAGGCUGAUGAUCCUCUGGCAGGGGUGUGCACA